AGAUUGGGCGGAAUUCAUAGAUGUUUCUUGAGUUUCAAGACAACCUUAAGCUAGUGCUUAAGAUCGUGAUAGUUUCAUGAACAUUUCUAAAGACCGAUUUUCAAACUGAAACUUGAGAUCAUGCUUAAUGAAGCAAAUUCUGUUUCAUAGUCAAAUCUUAAGUACGACUUAAAAUUAUUAGAUGCACAAUCAUGACUCAAACCAUAUCUUGAGCAGGUCUUAAUGAAGUCCAGUAAAUUGUAGACUUAAGACGGUUGUGAAAUAAAGUGCUGUAUAGGUUAUAUAAAAUAAAAUAGUAUUAUGGAAUUUAAUAUAUUGGGCCAGUUUGACAUUAACUUGUUUGAAAGUUCUGAUUCCUCUUCUGAUGAAGAAAAUGACGAAAAUGAAGAAAUUGGCAUAAUACGUGAAAAACGAUAUGUGCGAGAUGCAAUUAAUCCAUUUACAGCUUAUCGUGAACACGAAUUUCAUAUAAGAUAUAGAUUCUCAAAAAAUUCUGUUAUGCAUGGAUUAUUGCCUUUGGUUAUAAAUGGUUUAACAAAGCCUGAUAAUCGAGGUCUUCCUAUUGAACCAGUUAUUCAAUUGCUUAUUUGUUUAAGAUAUUAUGCUACCAGCAGUUUUCAAAAAGUAAACGGAGAUCUUAUGAAAUUACCACAACCAACAAUUAGUAGAAUUAUAUUUAGAGUAACUAUGAUAUUAGCAUCUUAUUUGAAUAGUCAUGUUAAAUUUGUGACACAUGAAGGAGCUAUACAAGAAAACCGCAGAUUAUUUAAAGAAUUAGGAUAUGGGAGAUUUGGAGCUAUUGGACUUCCUUACAUUGAUGGGGCAAUAGACUGCACACACAUUAGAUUAUUAAGUAAUAAUUUCGGGGGACUGGCUGAAAUGUAUAGAAAUAGAAAAGGAUAUUUCUCUUUAAAUGUCCAGGCUAUCGUGGGACCACGCAUGGAAUUUUUAGAUCUCGUCCCAGAAUGGCCAGGAAGGGAACACGAUAGCAGAAUUUUCCAAAAUUCUAGAAUUUUUAUGCGGUAUCAACAACGUGAAUUAACAGGAAUGAUAGUUGGAGAUUCUGGAUAUCCUGCUCUUACAUUUCUGUUAACACCAUUCAGAAAUCCUCAAAAUGAAGAGGAACAAAAAUAUAAUGAAAUUCAAUCAAGAACACGAAUGGUUGUUGAAAGAACUUUUGGAGUAUGGAAGAGACGAUUUCCUUGCUUAUCAAGAGGAUUGUCUUUAAAACUUGUAACAUGUACUGGAGUCGUAUCAGCGUGUGCAGUUUUACAUAAUUUAGCACUAUAUUUUAAAGAUGUGCUUCCAGAAGAACCAGAAGUUGAUGUAAUAAUUGAAGAUAAUGAAGAGCUUUAUUACAAUGAACUUCAGCAACCUGGAGAUGGUUUUAUUGUCAGGCAAAACAUAGUUCGAGAUUUAUUUCGUUAACCUUAAUGUAAUGAUAUUAAUUUUUAAUUUUAUGUUCCAUUCAUACAUUUUUUACGUUAUA